AAUCAAAUCCAACAUUUCCAUCACCCAUCAAAAACCCAAUUAAUCAAAAAUUGAGAUACACCACUUACAACUAUCAUCAUGACUUCUUCAUCACUUCACCUUCUGCCUCUUACCUAUUCCGAUCAUGCACCCCAAAAGCCUCGUAGUGUGUUACCCAUCUUUGGUUUCAUCAACAUGACAAUCAGCAGCGUGGUCACAAUCUACCGCGCGCACAACAACAACGACACUCCCACCGUAGUGUUCGUGGGUUUUGUCUACUUUGGUUCCUUCUUGUUGGAUUAUUGCUUUCGCUUGUACCACUCCCUACCUAAAUCUUCAUCAUCCAAUUCCCAUAAUAUUAAACGCAACGUUAAAAUCAUCAUUUGGGUCUUGAUUAGCACCAUCAUGUUGGGAUUUGCGUGCGAGUUUUCGACCUUUAUGAGCUUCCUCGAGUCUUCAUUCUUCUUUGGGCUUGUGAUUAGUGGCAACAUCUUUCUUUUCUAUGUGUACUUCAUUUGGGAGGGUGACAAGAGUGCUACUACUAGUGCUUGCUCCAAUAAUGAUACUUGCUGCUAUAAUGAUUAUGAUUAUAAACCAAUAUUAACAGAGGCUAAGGUUGAUGUAUAAUGUGUAAUGAUUGACUGAUUGAGGGUUUUUUUUGUUUGAAUUCAUUUACGUGUAUUUGUUUAUAAUGAAAAGAUGUGUUUUCAACUUGCUA